CUCUACUUCACCAUGGGCAACUACAUGUGUGGCGCCUCGAUCAUCAGCAACACCUGGGCUCUGUCUGCGGCCCACUGUGUAGACGGCUACUCCACCAGCCAGAUGCUGCUGCGCGCUGGCACCUCCACCAGGGGUAGCGGUGGCACCACCCACAACAUCGCCACCGGCUACAUACACGGGAGCUACUCUGAUCCCGACUACGACAUCGCCGUCGUGCAGGUAUCCAACGCCUUCAGCUUCAACAGCAACGUGCAGGCCGUGGGUCUGACCUCGUCAGAGCCCUCUGCUGGAACGUCGGUAACAGUUACCGGCUGGGGUGCGACCUCAUCUGGCGGCAGCGCCUCCAACACGCUGCUGGAGGUGAACGUCCAGAUCAUAGACCGCAACACGUGCAACCGCUCGUACGGUUAUAUCACCAGCCGCAUGAUCUGCGCAGGAGUGACCGGAGGCGGUAAGGACUCCUGCCAGGGAGACAGCGGCGGCCCUCUGGUGACCGGUUCCACGCAGGUCGGUAUCGUCUCCUUUGGAGAGGGCUGUGGCUUGGCCAACUAUCCGGGAGUCUACGCCAAUGUAGCCAACCUGAGGUCCUGGAUCAAGCAAGCGUCUGGAGUCUAA